AUGAAUUCAAGAUUUUAUUGCAUCAUAUUUUAUGCAUUGUCCCUUAUUGUAUAUGUGAUAAUUAUAUAUUCUAUAAAUAAUUAUGAAAGGUAUAAUAUUCCAUCUGAAAGGUUAAGAAGUUCCAGUAAUUUUGUCCAAAAUGUGUACAAAAAUGGGAAUAACAUGAAUAAUGUUGAGGUGGAAAAAAAAUUUAACUCCAAUAUAUGCAUUAAUUUACUAAUCGUUACUGCGUGUAGUAACAAGGAAACAAUUGACUCAUUUGGGGUUAGACUAAAAGAAUUUAUUGAUGAACAAGUUAAUGCAAAUAAUAAAGAAAAGCUAACUUCACACAGAUUAUUUGAUAUAAAAGAUCUUUUUUUUAUUAAUUCACAUUUAAUUAAUAAGGAUAUAAUUAAAAAUGCGGAAAAUGGAAAAUAUUCUGAUAUUUGCGAAAAAAUAUUGUUGUCAAAAAAUAAAGUUCAUGAAUUUAUUAGCAAUACGUAUUAUAUUUAUUUAAAUGAAAACACGAAAGAAGAAGAACAGGACUUAUCUUUUACCUUAUCAACAACGAAUAUUAUUGAAAUUUAUUAUAAUAAAUUUGAACAGGAUGAAAAAAAAGAAAAAGAAAUAGAGAAAGAAAUAGAGAAGGAAAUAAAUAAAGAAAUAGAGAAAGAAAUAAAGAAAGAAAGAAAUAAAGAAAUAGAGAAAGAAAUAAAGAAAGAAAGAAAUAAAGAAAUAGAGAACGAAAUAAAGAAAGAAAUAAAUAAAGAAAUAAAUAAAGAAAUAAAGAAAGAAAUAAAGAAAGAAAUAAAUAAAGAAAUAAAUAAAAAAAAAAAAAAAAAAAAAAAUUAUGAACAGUUCAUAAAAGAAAUUUGGAAUGUGGUAAAAAAUUCCUUUUUUUUUAAAACGGAUAAGAAGAGGUUGUUACAUUUUGUUCCAGAACUUGAAUUAAAUUUUUAUUUAGCUAGUAGCCUUUAUAAUGAGCAAAAUUACAAAAUAAAAAAAUAUGAUACUGGACAAAAUCAGUGGAAAUAUGGCUAUAAAAACAACGAUUCUGGAUUGAGUAAAAAUUUAGAUUGUAUGGAUCAGGAAGAGCAAAAUAAAGAAGGAAAAAAUGGAAGCAGUAAUAAAAAUGGUAAAACUUUUAUGAAUGGUGUAAACCCCCCUGUUUUCAUUGCUUCUUGGGAUUUUUACAAUAAUUUUUAUUAUCCAUAUAUGAGAAAUUUUAUUGAAAAACUAUUAAACAUAUUUCAAAUUAAUAUUUAUGAACAAAUCAUAAGCAAUAUAGAUCUUUUUAAAAUAUCAGAAAGAGAUGAUGUAUAUAUCAAAAAAGAAAAGAAGACCGACGAACGGAAUAAUACCAGGUUGAUAUUAUUAGACAGAGUAACAAAAUUUACAAAUAUAUUUGAUGAAGUAAUGUUUGAUAAUAUUUUGAAAAAACCCACAUAUGAAAUUCCAAAAAAUAUUAACUUAAUAUCCAUAUUUCCUAAUGGUCAGGAAAUUUAUUUUUAUAACAAUUUAAACGAAAAAAUAGAAACGGCUGUUUCAUUUAUGGAAUGGGGUGUUAUAUAUAUAAACAAUUUUUUUAAUCGUUUGAAUAAUAUUGAUAAGAGAAAAAAAAUUAUUGACGUAUCAGGUCAGUCCCAUAUAAUUAGUGGGAUUUUUGUUUCUAAUAUAAGAGGAUUUUUAGGGUUAUGUGCAAAUUUUCCUGACUGUGUCCAUAAUAUUUUUAAUUCGGAUACAUAUCAAAUUGAAUAUGUAAAAACUUAUUCAAGAGAUAAUGAGAGCUCAUUUUCUUAUAUAAUUACUACCUAUGAUGGUUUCUCUUUUUCCUUUAUUUAUGAUAUUCCCUUGAAAAGUGGAAUAUCCGACUAUGAAACAUUAGUAUUAGCAAGGGAAGCGUAUACAUAUUACAUAGUAGAAGCCUUAAACAAUGUACAAAAAUUUGUCGAUAUAUCAAAUAUGAGUAUAUAUAUAAGAAUUCCAUUGCACACACGUGACGUGUAUAACAACAUUUUAAAUAAUAUUGACUGUAGCUUAGACUAUAUGACUGGGAAGAAGUGUAGGGUACAUCAUAUAGAUAGAGCAGUUGAAAAAAGUUUUCAUUCGCAUUUGAAAGAUAACGGCGAUGGUACUAAUAACAGUGUAAUGCGCAAAAGGGAAAUAUACUUUAAGGCGGCAGUAACAUUAGCUCAGUCCGCUUAUCAGGACUCACUGCAGCUUCUAAAGGACGACACAAUUUCUAUAUAUGAUAUCCUGUCAAAAGAUUUUUUAUUAGCAUCUGUUCUUCCAAUACUUAUUCCGUAUAUAAUUCCAGUAACAAUUGCCCUAUGCAGAGAGCUCUUCAAAGGAUUUAAAAAAAAAAAAAUGAAGUCAGAUUGA